UCCAGAGAGGCAGAGCGCAAGAAAACCUCCGCUUUUUCGGACACCUUUUUGCCUUUUUUACACCCCCACACCCCACCCCUCCCCUAUUUUUGGUUUUGGUUUUGUGGGGGUGUGUGAGGGAUGAUCCGGGCGUACUGUUGAGGAGUUUCACACCAAGUUUUUUUUUUUUUUUUUUUUUUUUUAAUUUUUAUUUAUUUUAUUUUUUUUAGGUGGGCUGCUUGCACAUCCACAAAGCUUGUGCUCAGAUUCUGAGUGGAAACUCCCUGGACACACACACACAUCAAGUCUCCCCCACGCACGCGGGCACCAUGCAGGAGUCAGAGGCCAGCGUGUGCCAGCUGCAGCCCAACAUCAUUUCGGUGCGCCUCUUCAAGAGGAAAGUGGGCGGCCUGGGCUUCUUGGUCAAGCAGAGGGUCUCCAAGCCGCCCGUCAUCGUGUCGGACCUGAUCCGGGGCGGGGCGGCCGAGGAGUGCGGCCUGGUCCAGGUGGGCGACAUCGUGCUGGCCGUCAACAACAAGCCGCUAGUGGAGCUGAGCUACGAGCGCGCCCUGGAGACGCUGAAGAACGUGUCGCCCGAGAGCCACGCCGUGCUCAUCCUGCGCGGGCCCGAGGGCUUCACCACCCACCUGGACACUACCCUGUCGGCGGACGGCCGCCCCCGCACCGUGCGGGUCACCAGGCCCGUCUUCCCGCCCUCCAAAUCCUACGAGAAUUGCUCACCUCAACUGAGGGCCAUCGAGAACCUCUCGUCGCCGUCCAUCGCCCUCCUCGCCGCCCAGGACCCCCUGCUGAUGAGGGAGGGGGGCCGUGGCGACGGCGGGUUCUGCAACGGGCUGGAGGACAACAACGAGCUGCUGAAGGAGAUCGAGCCCGUGCUGCGCCUCAUCAGGAGCACCAGGAAGGAGAUGAAUGGCGAGGGCCAGAGGAACGGCGCCCGGAGGGACGCCGAGAUUCAAGUGGCCUGCGACCUCGCCGUGGGAAACGGGACUUCAGCCCAGCUGCCAUCUGACAACAGCAGGAGACAGGACAACAUGCCGUUGGUGCUGCACAACAUUGAUGCCGAGCAGGGCCAGGGCACGGGCAAGACGUCGCCCACCAAGACGGUGCACAACGGAAGCCCCUCCAAGUGCCCCCGCUUCCUGAAGAUCAAGAACUGGGAGACGAGAAGCGUCCUCAACGACACGCUCCACCACAGCGCGGCAAAGUUGCCCACAUGCGGCGAGAACGUGUGCCAGGGUUCCAUUUUGACGCCCAGCGCCCGCAAGCCCGAGGAGGCGCGGCCCAAAGGGGAGCUCCUCAGCCUGGCCACGGAGUUCAUCGACCAGUACUACACCUCCAUUAAAAGGUCCGCGAAGGGUCAAAACGAGUACAGCUCAAAGGCUCAUAUGGACCGGCUGGAGGAGGUGACCAAGGAGAUCGAGGCGUCGGGAACGUACCAACUCAAAGACACCGAGCUCAUCUACGGAGCCAAGACCGCCUGGAGGAACGCCGCCCGUUGCGUCGGGAGGAUCCAGUGGUCUAAACUGCAGGUUUUUGACGCGAGGGACUGCACGACAGCUCAUGGGAUGUACAACUACAUCUGCAACCACAUCAAGUACGCCACCAACAAGGGCAACCUGAGGUCGGCCAUUACCAUCUUCCCUCAAAGAACGGACGGCAACGGCGACUACCGCGUGUGGAACACUCAGCUCAUACGCUACGCCGGAUACAAGCAGCCCGACGGGAGCCUCCUGGGAGACGCCGCCAACGUGGAGUUCACAGAGAUUUGCAUGCAACUGGGCUGGAAGGCUCCCAGGGGUCGCUUCGACGUGUUGCCCCUCCUUCUGCAGGCCAACGGCAACGACCCCGAACUCUUUGAGCUCCCCGAAGACCUGGUCCUGGAGGUGCCCGUCACGCACCCCAAGUACGAGUGGUUCAAGGAGCUGGACCUGAAGUGGUACGGCCUGCCCGCGGUCUCCAACAUGCUGAUGGAAGUCGGAGGCCUGGAGUUCACCGGCUGCCCCUUCAGCGGCUGGUACAUGGGCACCGAGAUCGGCGUCAGGGACUUCUGCGACGGCUCCCGCUACAACAUUCUGGAGGAUGUCGCGGACAAGAUGUCGUUAGACACCAGGAAAACCUCUUCUUUGUGGAAAGACAAAGCUCUCGUGGAGAUCAACAUCGCCGUACUCCACAGCUUUCAGGCGUGCAAGGUGACCAUCGUGGACCACCACUCGGCCACAGAGUCCUUCAUGAAGCACAUGGAGAACGAGUACCGGGUGCGCGGCGGUUGCCCCAGCGACUGGGUGUGGAUCGUGCCGCCCAUGUCGGGCAGCAUCACGCCCGUCUUCCACCAGGAGAUGCUCAACUACCGCCUCACGCCCUCCUUCGAGUACCAGGUCGACGCGUGGAACACUCACGUGUGGAAAGGAGUCAACGGGACGCCCACCAAGAAACGAGCCAUCGGCUUCAAGAAACUUGCCAAGGCGGUGAAGUUCUCGGCCAAGCUGAUGGGUGCGGCCAUGGCCAAGCGCGUCAAGGCCACGAUCCUGUUCGCCACCGAAACGGGCAAGUCUCAGGACUACGCCAAGACGUUGUGCGAGAUCUUCAAGCAUGCUUUUGACGCAAAGGUGAUGUCCAUGGACGACUACGACGUGGUGGACUUGGAGCACGAGACGCUGGUGCUGGUGGUGACCAGCACGUUCGGCAACGGCGAUCCACCCGAGAACGGAGAGAAAUUCGGAGCUGCCUUAAUGGAGAUGCGGCACCCGACGUCAAAUACGGAAGACAGAAAGAGCUACAAAGUUCGCUUCAACAGCGUGUCCUCCUACUCGGACACCAGGAAGUCGUCCAGUGACGAGCCGGAAGUCAAAGUCAACUUUGAGAGCACCGGACCGUUCGCCAACGUCAGCUCCGAUGCGCCCGAUGGCUCGGGACGGGGCGCCGCCGAGACCACCGGGCGAGAGGGCGGGGCUCCCGACGGGGCUCCCGAUGGGGUCCCACGGGGUACCGCGGUGGAAAAGCGGCAGGCCAGAAAAGACGGGAAAGAGCAAAACGGCGCGCCUGCCAAAAAAGAACGAAAGCCGCUGAAGUUCUCGGUGUUUGGCCUUGGAUCCAGGGCCUACCCACACUUCUGUGCCUUUGCCCACGCCGUGGACACGCUGUUCGAGGAGCUCGGGGGGGAGCGCAUCCUCCGCAUGGGGGAGGGCGACGAGUUGUGUGGCCAGGAGGAGUCCUUCAGAACUUGGGCCAAGAAGGUUUUUAAGGCCGCCUGCGACGUUUUCUGCGUGGGUGACGACGUCAACAUCGAGAAGGCCAACGACUCCCUCAUCAGCAACCACCGUAGCUGGAAGAAGAGCAAGUUCCGCUUGACGUACACCGCAGAGGCACCGGCUCUAACCGACGCACUGUCCAGCAUCCACAAGAAGAGAGUUUACGGAGCGAAAAUGCUGGAAUCGCAAAACCUCCAAAGUCUCAAAUCUAAUCGCUCCACCAUAUUCGUGCGGCUGGACAUCAACAAGCAUGACAAGCUGAGCUACUACCCUGGCGACCACCUGGGCAUUUUCGCGGGCAACCACGAAGACCUGGUGACGGCGCUCAUCGACAAACUGGAGGACGCGCCGCCUGUCAAUCAGAUCGUCAAAGUGGAAUUCCUGGAAGAGAGGAACACGGCGCUAGGCGUCAUCAGCAACUGGACCGGCGUGAGUCGCAUCCCGCCCUGCACCAUUGUCCAGGCCUUCCAGUACUUCCUGGACAUCACCACGCCGCCCAGUCCCGUCCUCCUGCAGCAGUUUGCCGCCCUGGCCACCAACGACAAACACAAGAAGAGGCUCGAGGUGCUCAGUAAGGGUCUGCAGGAGUACGAGGAGUGGAAGUGGUACAACACGCCCACGCUGGUGGAGGUCCUGGAGGAGUUCCCGUCGGUGCAGAUGCCGUCCACGCUGCUGCUCACCCAGCUGCCGUUGCUGCAGCCGCGCUACUACUCCAUCAGCUCGUCGCCCGACGUGCACCCGGGCGAGAUCCACCUCACCGUGGCCGUCGUCUCCUACCGGGCCAAAGACGGCGAAGGUCCGGUCCACCACGGCGUUUGCUCGUCGUGGCUCAACAGGAUCGAGAAGGGCGACGUGGUGCCCUGUUUCGUGCGAAGCGCGCCCUUAUUCCGGCUUCCCAAAGACCAGCAAGCGCCUUGCAUCCUGGUGGGCCCCGGGACGGGCAUCGCCCCCUUCAGGAGCUUCUGGCAGCAGAGGAUGUUUGACCUCCAACAAAAAGGUGUGGAGUCCAGGCCAAUGAUCCUGGUGUUUGGAUGUCGCCAGUCUGAGAUGGACCACAUCUACAAGGAGGAGACUGUCCAGGCCAGGAACAAGGAGGUCUUCAAGGAGCUCUUCACCGCCUACUCCAGAGAACCCGGAAAACCAAAGAAAUACGUGCAGGACAUCCUCCGCGAGCAUCUGUCCGAGCGUGUGUACCGGUGCCUGCGCGAGGAGGGCGGCCACAUGUACGUGUGCGGAGACGUCACCAUGGCCGGAGACGUCCUCAAAACCGUGCAGCAGAUCCUCAAACAGCACGGAAACAUGAGCCUGGAGGACGCCGGCUUCUUCAUCAGCAAGCUGAGGGACGAGAACCGCUAUCACGAGGACAUCUUCGGCGUCACGCUGCGCACGUACGAGGUGACCAACCGACUGCGCUCCGAAUCCAUCGCCUACAUCGAGGAGAGCAAGAAAGACCCCGACGAGGUUUUUUGCUCGUAGGCCGCCGCCGACGCCCCCAGGAUGCAGCAGCACUGGUUCCACAAAACUGUGCCAAUUUUUGUACUGUUCAAAAAAACAAAAACUGGAGAAAAUAUAAUGUCUAUGUACGUAUGUGUUUGUUUUGGGGUUUUUUUUUUUAUACCACGUUUGUGUUUUUAGGCUGCUGAGGUUCUCUUCCACUCGAGCUAACUCGUGUUGGUUGACGCCUCAUUACGAAUGCAUGACUCGGAGACAAGAAAUAUCCCAUAAUAAUCUCCACUCUGUGUUACUGUGCUGCGCCGCAAAAGGCUGACUCUGUUUUUGCUUUAUGUCGGUUUGUUUUUGAUAUUUGCACAGCGCAUGCGUGUGGCCAACAGUUUAGCUACGAAAAGAACUUUUAAGGAGACCGACCGGCAGGUUCCCUACCGAGCGUGACGGGAUGUCUGAAAGUUAGAUGACUCACAAGCGGGCGGGCGGGCGGACGACAACCGAUAUGUCCCAGCCGACACAAACACAUCACCGCUAAGUUUUUUCGUAAACUUUUUCUCAGGGGGAAAAAACAAACCUUAGUUCUGACAAGAGCCAUUUUUUUGUAAUAUUACAAAUACUGCUUUUCUCGUCACAUGACCAAUUAAUUUUUUCACUUUUUCUCAAGAUUGUUGACGGUUCUCGUAAUACCGCAGAGUUCAAUUCUAGGUCCCCUUCCUAUAUAUUCUUACUAGGGAUGGGAAUUGGUAAGAAUUUAGGGAUUCCAUUAUUGAUGCGAGUCCUUGUUGAUUCUCCUUCUGAAAAGCUAAUUUUUCAGACUUUUUCUCAAAAAGGAAAAAUGGAUACAAGCACGUGGGUAGAGCUGAAAUGUCAGAGAUGACACAAAUGCAUCUUUGAAAAGCUUUUUUGAUAACUUUUUAAAAAAGACUUCACCGCAGUGAGAUUACCAUUUGUAGAAAUUCUACAUUAUUUUCUUGAGGGGGAAUUACAACUUUACUCUCCUAAAUUUAUUCUUGAAAUAUUACUUUUUCGGGGGGGCAUUUUGCUCGUAAUAUUGCAAUUGUAGUCUCCUAACAAACCAACUUUAUUCCCAUAAGAGCUUGUUCUUUCAAAAAAAAAAAAUGUCCUUGUAAAGCAAUUCUGCAUUUUCAUGAGAUAACUUUCUUGUCAAAAAGAUGUUUUUUUUUCUCUAAAAAACCUAAAUCUUCAUAGCGUUAUUUUAGUCUUCAAACAGUACUACUUUAUUCCAGUAGGACUGUGUGACUUGUUUUUUUUGUUUUGUUUUUAAAUACAAUUAGUUUUCUCAAGAAAUACAGCUUCAUUCUCAUAACCUUAUGACUUUUUUCUCCAAAACAAAAAACUUUAUUCUCAUGAGAUAGACUUUAUUCUCAAACUAUUUUAUAUAUAGAUUUAUAUUUUUCUUUAAUAUCCUUUUUUCUUUCAAGGUUUUGUUGCUGAUAAUAUUGUAAUUUUAGUCUUUUAACAAUCUGACUUGAAUCCCGUCAAAUUGAAAUGUCAUACUUUUUUCUCAUAUUCUCCCCCACCCAAAAAAAACACGGCUUUGCAGUAUCCUCGAAAUAUUCAGGCUUUUUAUCCUUUUACUUUUUUACUUUUUGUUCUGAAUACUGUGUUAAUCUCUUAACAAUACAACCUUAUUCCCAUGAGAUCGAGCCUUGUUUUUCCAGAAAAUGUCUCUUUUUCCCAAUGUGUUACUUAUUUCUUUCUUUUCUCUCCUGUCCAAAAAUACACAUUUAUUCUAACAACAUUAGGAAACUGUGUCAAUGAUGACAGUUUGGCAUUUUGGAAAGAGAGAAGAUCCUUUGGAUAUCCUGCUUUCUAGUCGGCGCUCUACACGUUUAGAUUGAAAGUAGGGGUCACCGCGUAAUUGCGGUGGGAUUUUGUCCAAAUCUCCAGCGUCGUCGUCGUCGUCGUCGUCGUGGUUGUGGAUGAAUGAACGUCUCCUCCUCCGUGUUGAACUGUUUCUUGGAGCCAGAGCCGUUAAGUCUGUGGUGUAAAAUGUGCAACAGGAAAACAACCGAAACCGCUUAUUCUAUCGUCUAUUCAGUCAAUAUAUACAGGAUAUAGCCUCUAUAUAAACAAAUAUAUAUUCAAAGUAUAAAAUCUAAAGAGUACCACUGGGAUCUUUUCGAAGAAUGUAUUUUGAAUAUGUAAGUGAGCACUAGCGUUUCAACGAUACCGCCCCAAAAACCUUUUGAAAAGAAGUCUGCGGGGUCUCUCCUGUUUUGGGGUGUAGAGGCUCAAUGCAUGGCGAUCUUGUGUCUUCUGUAUUCAUUAUAAAAGUCUCUUUACCAGCACUGUGCGUCGGGAAUUUGUUCGGCAGCGGGCUCGUUCUUUGCUUUCUUUGCUUUUUUGUGUGCGUUUUGCCACUGCUGCUGCUAAGAAGAAAAAGACAACGCGUGAACCCGAUCAGCUUAGGUUUUUUUUUUACAAAGAAUAAUUCCUCUCUCGCGCUCCGGAAUCACCUCUGUGCUCCAAACUAUCUUUGAAUGCAUACCACUGCAAGGACUGUGCAUUUACUUCCAAAA